AUGGCUUUUAAUCAGAAGAAUCCACAGUGCUCACCCAACCAACCCCUUCAGAGCUGCAGUGAGACCCAAGGCCUGGAGGCUGCACAGGCACCAGAGGCUGUGGAGAAGGCCUGUCUCUCCUCCCACCCUCCCAUGCCUGGCAGUUUGAAGAAGGCUCCUGCUGCUGGUAUCCCCAGUACUCCUGAGAGUACUCAGAGUUUCUGCUCCUCCUCAAUGGUUGCCAUGGCCAUCCUAUCAAGCCAAUCUGGUGAGGGAUCCAGUAGCCAUGAGGAGGGGGAUAGCACCUUAGAGGCAGAUUCAGACCCCAGGAAUGCACCCAUAGAUGCUCUAGAUGAAAGGGCAGCUUGGUUGGUGGAUUUUCUGCUCUUCAAGUAUGAAAAGAAAGAACCAGCAACCAAGGCAGAAAUGUUGAAGAUUGUCAACAAACUGUACCAAGACCACUUCACUGAUAUCUUAGUGAAAGCCUCUGAGCGCAUGGAGAUAAUCUUUGGCCUUGAAGUGAAGGAAGUGGAUCCCAUCCAGCACCACUACGCCAUCGUCAUCAAAUUGGGCCUCACCUAUGAUGGGAUGCUGCAUGGUGUAAUGGGUGUGCCCAAGACCGGCAUCCUGAUACUUCUCCUGGGGGCCAUCUUCAUGAAUGGCAACCGUGCCACUGAAGAGGAAAUCUGGAAAAUUCUGAGUGUGAUGAAGUUAUAUCCUGGGAAGAAGCACUACAUCUUUGGAGAUCCCAGGAAUCUCAUCACCAAACAUUUUGUGGAGGAGAAUUACCUAAUAUACCAUCUGAUGGCCAACAGUGAUCCUGCACAACGUGAAUACCUGUGGGGCCCGAGAGCGCAUGCUGAAACCACCAAGAUGGAAGUCCUAAAGUAUUUGGCCAAGGUUCACGGGUCUGACCCAAGUUCUUUCACAUCUCUGUAUGAAGAGGCAUUUGAGGAAGAACAAGAGAGAUGUCGGGCCAAAACUGCCACCACAGCUAUUGAUAAUCCUGGCCAUUGCUAG